UUUUUAAAGGCCUGCCAAGCUCCUCUUGGCGUCCAAGAUUUGGGGAGCUCUUUCGCCAUGGCUGCUUGGCUUCUCCUCCUCCUCAUCGCGGGCAGCCUCUGGGCGAGCGGCUGCGGGGAAAGGAACGGGCCGACGUGCGGUUAUCCGCCGGCGCUUUGGUGCAGUUCCAAAGAGAUCGCCCAAGCCUGCCAGGUGGAGAAGCAUUGCACCAGGUUGAUCUCGAACUCUCUGAAAGCUGAUCCUGUCUCUGUCAGCCUCUACUAUGAAUCCCUCUGUCCCGGUUGCCGCCAAUUUCUUGUGCUGAUGCUCUUUCCCACUUGGCUGAUGCUAAACGAUAUCAUGAACGUCACUUUAGUCCCCUACGGGAAUGCAGAGGAGAGGAAAGAGGCCACAAAAUGGCACUUUGAAUGCCAGCAUGGCGAAGAGGAAUGCUUGGGGAACAUGAUAGAGGCUUGUAUCAACCACCUGUAUCCGGUAUACGCUUUUCCGCUCACCUUCUGCAUGGAAUCAAGUUCAGAUGUCAUCGCCAGCUUGCCACUGUGCCUGAAAUUGUAUGCUCCUAACGCCUCCUUAGCAGAUAUCAAUGCAUGUGUGACUGGAGACCUAGGUAACAAGCUUAUGCAUAGGAAUGCUGAACUCACCAGGGCUCUGAAGCCACAUCAUGAGUAUGUGCCAUGGAUUCUCAUCAACGGGGAACACAGUGAAAAACUUCAAACUCAGGCACAAGAUUCUCUCUUCAAUUUGGUUUGCAGCUUGUAUAAGGCAAGUAUCGCUUUCUUCCAAGAACUGUUCCUGGUUUGUUUCCCCACUCAUCUUGAAUGGGUACAAAGAGGUUGGGGAAACAUUUUAUCUAUGAGUUAUUCUGGUUUUGCUCUUAUUGCACCAAGUUACUCAUAGCGUAUUAUUAUUUAU